AUGGCUACGCGCUCGACUUGGCCACUACCGCUGGAUAUGGCCUCAGGAGGAUCUGACGAACGACGGGAAACUUCGCCAGGGCACAGUGGGCACCAACAGUAUCAAACAGGGCAUCAUCUUAAUUCUCCAACAUUAUUGACAGACUGGCCGAUUCAGCAACAACCUCAGCAUUUGUCACCCCAACAACUUUCUCCUCAGCAACUGUCGCAUUUUAUUCCGGAUAACUCGUUGAUGGGACCACAGUACACAUUUGGCAGCCCAUAUCAAACAUCACCGCUCGAUUAUGGCUUACCUGCAACGACACAGGCAGCGCUCGAAGCCAGCCUUCAGAUGGACGCUCCAUUCAAUGGACUCGCACAAACGGUGGAGGCACAAGCAAACCAAUGGCAAGAUUGGCAUGAAUUCGAGUAUGCGAUGAAUUUCACGGCGAGCCAUGGACUACCAAGUAUAGGACGACAGAGCCUUGGAAGCAACUCACCGACGGGUACAUACUUGGAAGUUUUAUCAUUACCUAGUUCGAGUAGCGAUCACGGUUGGUCGACGGUCGAUACGUAUCAGGAUUACAGCACAUAUCAACAAGCGCAGAAUGCCGCAAUUUUCAACCCAGGACAGACACUACAUUUGCGAAGUCACUCGGACUCAUCUCAAUCUGACGGACAUCAAUCAAUAGAUACUUUUGGCAGUUUCGAGGAUUUAUCAUCUUACCCAUAUUCGCCAUAUUCACCGGGUUCCGACAGCUAUUUGGAUGUUACUGGUGGACAUAGGAAUUGUUUCCACGGCGAAGCGCAUCACCAUAAUCACGACAUUAUUAGCCCUGCCGCGGCUGUCCCUCCCCAACCUAUCCAAGCACCUUCAUCAAAAUCGACCGCUACUUCAACGACUUCAAACCGCGCCUCCCCAUCAAGCACCUCAUCACCACCAGCCAGAAGAAACCCCGCACCACGAAAGAGCCCUACCGCCAAAGCUAGCAAACCUGUUAUCCGCCGCACUUCCAACGGAAAGAAGGAUGGCACAACCGAGAAGCGUGUGGGCAGAAGACGUGGACCAUUACUACCAGAGCAAAGGAAACAAGCCAGCGAAAUAAGGAAACUUAGGGCUUGCUUACGUUGCAAGUUUUUGAAGAAGACUUGCGAUAAAGGUGAGCCAUGUGCUGGAUGCCAACCCUCGCAUGCUCGUUUAUGGCAGGUUCCUUGUACUCGUAUCGAUAUCAAGGAUAUUGGGUACUUUAUGAAAGACUGGAAGGCUGAUUAUGAACGUCACGUGGGUCGUGGAGUGUCGGUUUACAACAUCAAGGGUUUCUCGCAAAAAGAGGAGUUGCUCUGGAUUACCCAUGGAUAUGGAUUUGCUCUUCCGAUUAUGGCUAGAGAGGUCUAUGUGAGUGAUGACAGUUGCUUUAACGUCGACUGGGUUGAGGGUAUUCACGAAGAACCUCUUGAGUUUGAAACUCGAACGGAAAGAAUGUCAGCUGGUUCCGAAGGUGUCUCGAAUGAAGCCUUGUCAGAGUAUCUUGACAAGCAUAUUGAUGGGCCAUUUGAAGAGUUCAUUGAUGAGUACUUUGAGGGCACUCCAUUCAUUACUGAGAUCUUAAAGACUGCUCACCGCUACUACAUGAAAGAGAAGGUUUCUGUCGUCCGCAAAGCAUUGAAACUCGUUCUUGCGUAUAAUCUCACAUUACAUGUUACCAUGGUUGAGCAACGAGGAGAUGAGCACCCAAUGGAAGGAAUUAUCGACGACGAGGAUUCAAAAUUCAACGGAAAGGUCGUCGCACCGGUCAUGAUCAAUUUUCAAAUCAAAUGUGCCCUAGCCGACAUGUGGCGAGAAUUGCAAAAGGAGAUUCUCGAAGAACUAUCGUCGCUUUACUCCAGUGUCUACAGUGGUGACAGACUCAAGAACUGGCCUACUAUCUUCAUGCUUGCAUCUAUUCUCCUUGCCGUCUGGGAAGAAAUGCAAUUUGAUUGCCAUUACCGUGUUCCUGAUCAAGCCGCCGUCAAUAAAUUCUGCAACGAUAUGGAGACUACACCAGUCGGCGUUAUCGUCGGUCUCUUCCAUGCUAUUUCUCAAAAGCUCCCUGCUUUCACCGACUGGGAGACUAGAAGACAUGGACAACUCCUUAACAACAAUGUUGCAGUCUGCGAGGCCAUGACCGAAAUGAGAGGUCAUGUCACUAAGCAUGAAUCUUACCUCAAAACUCGACCAGACGCCAAGUUCGAUCGUCGUGACUUCGACUGUCUCUCCAAUAAAUUCCUCUCCAAGCUCGUCAUUCGCGCCAACUAA